AUGUUCCCGUGUAACGAGUAUGAACGGAAAUUUUUGGCUCAACAUAAUCCAGGGACUUCACCUCAAAAAGCACAGGGACAUUCGCCGCGUAUCACACCAACGAAAUACCGCCCGGAUGGUGGUGAUCGUUAUAUACCCAUUCGACAAAGUAGUGCAGAGUGGGCGACAAGAUUUGCUGCAAUUGCAUCAUCAUCUCCGGAUACGCCUAAUCUUUUCAAAAGGCCUACAGGAAUGCAAGGAGCAUCGACUGGUGCAUCCAGCAGCGGAAAUGUGUCAAAUGCACAAGCGGCUCCGUCCGCAACUGCUAUUGAUGACUCUCGUAUGGAUUCUGCAGCACAUCGAGCUCUGCUAAGAAACGAACUGCUAUGCGAUAACAUUGACGAUAUUAGGGCAGACCUAGAAGGGUUCGAUACAGGUCGGUUGCGCGAUAGUCCUAGCGGUGGUCUUUUCAAGUUCGGACAACGGACACCAACAAAAUAUGGUGAUGCAUCAACAAGUCAUGCUGCGCGUUGUCUAUUCGGAGGGCCACCAUUGAGCGAAGGGAGUCAGCGUCUUCUCAAGUCGCCUCGUAAACCACAGCGUAAAGUACCUAAAAAUCCGUACAAGGUUUUGGAUGCUCCUGAAUUGCAAGAUGACUUUUAUCUUGAUUUGGUGGAUUGGUCAUCGCAGAAUAUGCUUUCGGUUGGAUUACAUACUUGUGUGUAUCUCUGGAGUGCGUGCAACAGUCAAGUUGUAAAACUUUGCGAUCUUGCAACUGAUGGUGACAGCGUAACAUCUGUUCAGUGGGCUGAUAAAGGCGACUUAUUGGCUGUUGGUACAAAUAAAGGCAUCACGCAGAUAUGGGAUGUUCAUGCUCAGAAGAGGCUUCGGGAGCUCACAGGCCAUUCAUCAAGAAUCGGCUGCUUAGCAUGGAAUACGGAUCUGGUAUGUUCGGGCUCUAGAGAUCGCGUUAUUAUACAAAGAGACAUUCGUCAACCAGCACAGUAUGCUGAACGAAGACUUAAUGCUCAUCGUCAAGAAGUUUGUGGGUUGAAGUGGUCUCCAGAUAGACAAUAUUUGGCAUCAGGUGGCAAUGAUAAUCAGGUUCUGGUGUGGAGUUUGAGAAGAAAUGAUCCUUGCCAGGUGUAUACGGAGCAUAAUGCAGCAGUGAAAGCAUUGGCGUGGUCUCCUCAUCAUCAUGGUCUUCUCGUUUCUGGUGGUGGAACAGCCGAUCGAUGUCUUCGUUUCUGGAACACAUUGACGGGACAAUCCUUGCACUCUAUUGAUACUGGCAGUCAGGUAUGCAAUGUAGCAUGGUCAAAACACAGUUCAGAGUUGGUGUCGACACAUGGUUAUUCAUACAACCAGGUUAUAAUAUGGAAAUAUCCAUCUUUGCAGCCAGUUACGAAACUUACGGGACACCAGUACAGAGUUUUAUAUUUGGCAAUGUCUCCAGAUGGUGAAUCCAUUGUGACAGGUGCUGGUGAUGAAACCCUGCGAUUCUGGCACGUAUUUAGCAAAAUUGGACAACAGAAAGUUGUUCGUUCGAAGUUGAAUCUGCUGUCGAGUAUUCGUUGA